GUCGUUAACAGGAAGGCACAAUCAGCACACUCUCCUCGAGGCUGCCAAAGGCUCACACCUAUCAGCCCAGCAAUUCAAAAAGUCCGGUCCUAAAACUUCCGCUUCUGGCUCCACCCCUACCGUUUCGCGUUGAAGAAUUUUGUCCCCCAAGCCGAGCUGUUGCCCCGCCCUCGCCGCUGCCAUGGCGGCAGCUCCGCCGCUCUCCAAGGCUGAGUAUCUGAAGCGUUACUUGUCUGGAUCAGAUGCUGGCUUGGAAGGAGGUCCAGAGUCCGGUCGCAAGCGGCGCAAAAAACGGCCGAAGCCAGGAGGCGCUGGCGGCAAGGGAAUGCGGAUUGUUGAUGAUGAUGUGGGCUGGGCGGCUAUCUCUACCACUAAGCCGGAAAAAGAGGAGGAAGAGGAUGGAGAUUUGCCUGUGGUGGCUGAGUUUGUGGAUGAGCGUCCAGAAGAGGUAAAGCAGAUGGAGGCCUUCCGCUCCAGUGCCAAGUGGAAACUUCUGGGAGGCCACAGUGAAGAUGGACAUUCUCAUUAUGAGGUCCAAGAUCCAUCUCCUCCCAGGAAGGCCCGUCAUGACACCCCAGACCCAUCUCCUCCCAGGAGGGUCCGUCAUGAUACCCCAGACUCAUCUCCUCCCAGGAGGGUUCGUCAUGACACCCCGGACCCAUCUCCACCAAGGAGGGUUCGUCAUGACACCCCGGAUCCAUCUCCUCCCAGGAGGGUUCGUCAUGACACCCCGGACCCAUCUCCACCAAGGAGGGUCCGUCAUGACACCCCGGAUCCAUCUCCUCCCAGGAGGGUUCGUCAUGACACCCCGGACCCAUCUCCUCCCAGGAGGGUUCGUCAUGACACCCCGGACCCAUCUCCACCAAGGAGGGUUCGUCAUGACUCAGAUGCUUCUCCACCCAGGAAGUCUCAUCAUAAUUCUUCAGCUGUAUCUCCUAGGAGAGGCCAUCAUGGUUCCUCAGGUACCUCUUCCCCAAGACAGGCCCAUAACCACUCCCCUACUGCAGCCCAGCAUAGAAGGACUCUUGACUCUUCAGGUGCACAGCAUCUCAGGAGGGCCCGUCAUGAUUCCCCUGAUUUGGAACUGCCCAAAGCCAAAAGUAGUAAAGCUGCAGAAAGACCCCCUAGCAAGACUGCAUCCCAGAGUGGGCUAGGCCCCUCCCACCCAUCACUCUCAACGAACAGCAAGUACCAGCAUGACUCUGACCUUUCUCCUCCGAGGAAACGGCAAGCAAAAGCCCAUUUUGGAGCUAAGAAACAGCUUGAUUCUAAAGGUGUCUACCAAAAAGCCUCUGAUUCAGAUCUGUCUCCUCCACGGAAAAAAAAAAAUUCAGGGCACCAGGAUUCUGAUUCAGAUCUGUCACCACCACGGAAUCGACCAAGACACCAGAGCUCUGACUCUGACCUCUCUCCACCUCGGAGAAGACAGAGGACCAAAUCUUCUGAUUCUGACCUCUCCCCACCUCGCAGGAGUCCCCGUCCUGGGAAGAAGACUGCACACAUGUAUUCCGGAGCGAAAACUGGGUUGGUCACUGAUGUUCAGCGGGAGUACCAAGAACUCAAGAAACAGGACCAAGACACUACAGACCUCGGAGCUCAGUUUGAAUUCACUGAAACUGUAUUCCGAGAAAAGUUUGGUCGGAAGAAGAAUUUGAAACUGGGGCGCUUGGAACAAAGGAGAAAAGCAGAGAAAGACUCAGAGCGAGAUGAGCUAUAUGCCCAGUGGGGAAAAGGGCUUGCCCAGAGCCGGCAGCAGCAACAGAAUGUAGAAGACGCAAUGAAGGAGAUGCAGAAACCUCUGGCCCGCUAUAUAGAUGAUGAAGAUCUGGAUCGGAUGCUGAGAGAACAAGAAAGAGAAGGGGACCCGAUGGCCAACUUUAUUAAGAAGAAUAAGGCUAAGGAGAACAAGAAUAAGAAAGAGAGGCCUCGCUACAACGGUCCUGCUCCUCCUCCCAAUAGAUUUAACAUUUGGCCGGGGUAUCGCUGGGAUGGAGUGGACAGGUCCAAUGGCUUUGAACAGAAGCGCUUUGCCAGGCUCGCCAGCAAGAGAGCUGUGGAGGAGCUUGCCUACAAGUGGAGUGUUGAGGACAUGUGAACUCCCUGAGGCCCUGUGACCUUCCUGAGGCCCUGUGACCUCCUUGAGGCGGAGUCCUGCUGUAGUGCCGGUAGCACCACCUCAUAUCCAGCUCUAAUGGAGACACAGACCAGCAAGUUGCUGAGAGUAUGACCUUUGGACUAGGCACCUAAUCUUGGCUGUGCCCUGGUUGUCUGUGGCUGGCUUUGGUAGGACACGGUGGCUUCUUCAUCCCAGGAUUUGUUCUUUGCCAGUGCUUUCCUCUUUGUUAAAAAUAAACACAUAUUUAUUUUUUUAUAGUUAUU